AUGAUUCGAUCUCUUUAUAAUAUUAUAAGAAACUUUUUUAAACCAUAAUAUUUUUAUUUAACUUUUGGUAUUUUAUCAUUGAUCUAUUUUUAGAGAAGAUAAAAGAAAAAAAAGUAGAUUUUAUGGAAGGGUUUUAGAAAUUUAGGAAAUACUUGUUACAUAAAUGCAGCUCUUUAGCUGUUGAGAUAAAUCGAUAUUAUUAACCCUAAUUUUUUAGAAUAGUAAUAAUCAUAAUUAGCAAAGUAGCUUAAAUAGCUUUUUAAAAUGAUUAAUGAAAGUUAAUAAGUAGAAGAAUAGCUUUAAAAACUUCACUCAAUUUCGUAGUAACAUUAGAUUCAUGAACUUAGAGGAGGAGAUAGCUAUUAAAUAUUAUUUACAUUUUUAAGGACCAUUAAUAAUGAUAUUAAUAAAGAACGCAUUGCCUUAGGAUAAUAAAAUGUGCUAAAUAAUUUCGAGAGACAUAUAUCGAUUGUGUCACUAGAUGGUUAUUAAUGCUAAUAAUGCCAUUAAUUCUUAUAAAAAGAAAAGAAUUAAAUAGAAAUAAUUGAAGAAAAAGAUUUCAGCAUUGAUAUUCAUAAUUUUAAUGAUCUUAAUAAAUUAUAAUCUAUCUAAUAAGAGAGUGAAAUGCUAAAUUUUUGUUAAAAUUGCAGCUCUUAAACAAAAUUUAAGACUAGCAGAGUCAUUUAAAAUUUCACACAGUUCAUAGUUGUUAAAUUUUCAGAAUAAAAUUUACAAUAUCUAAGCGAAUCUGAAGGUAAAAAAGAGAUAUUCCUUCAAGGGAGUGCUCAGCCAUAUAAAAUUAUAGGCUAUUGUAGUUAUACUGGUAGUCAUUAUACAUAUACUGCUAAUUACAAUGAUGUUUGGAUACAAUUUAAUGACAGUAGAGUUCAAAUUGAGUAAAAACUAUUUCAAAGAAUAUACUAUUUACUAUUAAUGAGGGUUUUUAAAUGA